GUGUGUUACGCAUUGCUUCCAUUUACAGCACACACCCACACACAUGCGUCUUGAAGGAAGGGAUAUUUACGAGGCUUUCCGAGGAUGGGCUGGGGAUAUUUCAGGAGCUCGGAGGCCUAUUGGUCUGAGGAGGAAUCCACUUCCAUAAACAGGACUCCCAGGAUCUGCUGAGCCAUCAGACCACAACAUAUAUAUCCUAUUGAACUUUUUUCUCUCUGGGGCUCACCAGUCUUUCCUGUUCUUCUUCCAAGUGUGUACUGCCCUCUUCUUCUCUCAUAGCGUGAGAACACACUAAACCGCCAAGAUGUCAGAAAAAAAGAUGACCUCCAGCCGUAGGCAUCAUCUGAAGAGCCUGCUGCUCUCCAUUGCCUUCGGUCUGAUGGACGCUGAAGCCAAGCAGCUUGUUGUUAGUAAGGAGGCUCAUAUGAGUGAAAACUGCCCUGCUCUCGAUCUGCCUGGAUCCACGCAAGAGCUGCAGGAACUGUGCAAGAAGCUUCACCAACAGAUCGACAAGAUUGAUGAGGAGAGAUAUGACUUGGAGUCCAAGGUUGCCAAGUCAAACAAGGAGAUCGAGGAUCUGAAGAUCAAGGUGGUCGACCUGCAAGGCAAGUUCAAGAAACCUGCGCUGAAGAAAGUGCGCAUGUCUGCUGACGCUAUGCUCCAGGCUCUGCUGGGCUCCAAACACAAGGUCUCCAUGGACCUGAGAGCCAACCUCAAACAAGUCAAGAAGGAGGUCAAAGAGGAGUCUGCAGAACAAGUCGGCGACUGGCGUAAGAACAUCGAGGAUAAGGCUGGUAUGGACGGCAGGAAGAAGAUGUUUGAGUCCGAGGCUUAAGAUGUAUUGUUUAUUCUCUAAUAUGUCUUAAAAAUUAUCCGGUAAACAUCUUUCUAUCCUGUGAACCUCCCGUUCCAAUAAAAAUAUUUUUCCUGGACUGUUUUGCACAUUGUACAUUGCUCCAGUGUUGAAUGGCAUGGCAUUAAAGAUUAGUGUAUACAUAUGUA